AUGCCAAUUGAUAUGGGGAAUGAUGUACUUAAUGAAUUAACUUCAAAACAGAAAUACGCUAUUUUCGAUAAGGCCGAAGAUACUUGUGAUGAUUCUCAUAUUCAACAAUAUGUAGCGAAACUCUUAGACACAUAUCCGCAGCUUAUAAAUAUUUCUAACAAAAUACGUAAUGCCUUAUGUUUUGCAUACAAUAAACAUAUGACAGGGGAAUUUAAAAGUACAGAUUGUGAUUACCUGUACUUUUGGUUAGGAGAUAAAAUAUAUUAUAAUAUAAAAUAUAUUUUAAAUUUUACAUCUGUCAUAGAUGUUAUUAAGUUUACAUUGCAAAGUAAAGGAGGAUUGAGUAUAUGUGAAUUUGAUAAAUAUAAUAUUGAUCCAGAAUAUUUUAUGGAUACUAAGGAACUCUUUGAUUAUUCAAAAGAUUAUGAUAAGCUUGAACAUGUUAUAACUGAAUCUAAUGGGUCAUGUAGUGGAGAUUAUACGAAAAUUCUUAGUAAUUAUGUUACUAAAUAUAACAUGUUCAUAUUUUCCUGUAACAAUAAUCCUGAAGAGCGUAGGCCCUGUGAACAUAUUAAAGAGUUUUUUAAAGAUAAGUAUCCAGAGAAAUUUUCUGCAUUGUCAUGUAAUUCACAAUAUAAUAAUUAUAAAUCUGUAACACAAAAACAAGAUCACCGUGGAGUGGCAGAAUCAAGAGUAAAAACAUUAGAACAAACAACAGUAAAACAACCACAAGAAUUACCUAGAAGUGGGGUACCUACAGAUCCAUAUGAAGAUACAAAUAGAGACAAUUUAAACCAUCUUAAUUCUGAAUUUCAUCCUUCGGAUAUUAAAGAUCCAAAGCAAAGUGCCAUUAUUGAUUUAUCAGAUUCUUCAUCCUCAAAUAAUAUGGUAAUGCCUCCUUUAGUUAUAGGAAUUACAGUUCUUUCUAUUAUACUGUGCAAAGUAACU